AUGAUGAGUAUCGAGGGGACAGGUCCAUCUCUGAUAUCUGUAAUCUCCUUACGACCUCGCUGCUAUGGAGACUUGUGCCCUUAUCCGGAGCAACUGACCAUAUCACCAACAAGCUGCUCUCCGACUUGCUCUCGUGCCUUCCCAUUCUUGACGGUUAGAGAUGAAAUGGCGCCGAAGAACCUAUCGGUCACCCGCCGAUCCAAUCCAUUGUCAUCUGAAUUGAAGAGUUGUGCAAGACCCCGUCCCAUUCACCUGGCAAGACUGUCCACCCAGAUGCUCCAGUCCCUACAUAUAACGUACCCUUGGCUUUCCCGUACGCCAACAAAACCUUCCCCUCGACAUCAAACAAGACUUCACACCCAUCAAAUAUCAACAACAAUGGACUCUCCCACCCGCACCCGCACCCGCAGGCGCUCUAACACCAGCGCUCAUCCCCCGACCACAGCCACCGAUAGUUCACUCGCCACCACGACCAACUCUCUCAGAAUCACACCCUCAGCCCCCCCUCCUAACAUCCCACCCAACAACCCACAGCCCACCACCGCACCCCCAGACUCACCCGCCACAACAACCGCCACAACAACCGCCACAACAGCCGCCAUAAGAGCCGGCAUCUCCCCCGGAGGGCACAUCCCCGGCUCCACCCCCUCCCUAAUCCACCACUACCGCAGCAUCCCAAUGCACAACCCCGCCCGUGGUGUCUUCCCCAUCUCCCUCACAAGCUGGCAACAAUACCCCCCUCCACCCCUAAGCAACUACGACACACCAAACUACCCCUUCUGGAACCCGGCCCAGUCCAAACCCCGCGAGGAAGCCCCAUCUCUAGGCCCAGAGCUGGAGAGGUCGGUCGGUGAGCGGGAGAGACAAACGGGGCAGUUUGGUACUGAGCAGUAUCGGAUGAGGGAGGAGAUUUUGGCCAUGGAGGAGAGGAUUAGGGGGAAGCAGCAGGCGCUGGAGCAGGUUAGGAGGAAUAGGAUGGAGUUGAGGUUUGAUAGGACAAGGGACAACCAGGGGGUGGCGGUGGAGAUGGAGCAUUUGGUUUUUGUGGAGAGGGAGUUGCUGGGGGAGUUGGAGGUUUUGGGUAGGGAGAGGGAGGGGAUGGUGAGGCGGGGGAGGGAGGUGGUGGAGGGGUGGUUGAGGGGGGAGGAUAAGAGGUACAAGGGGUAUUAG